GAAAGUAUGUUAACCUAGAACCAUCUAGCUUGAUGUCCUGUUUUUUGAAUGCUGCUCCUUUCAUGGGUGUGGUGGGACUGGUGUUGCUUCUCCUUCUCCCAUCUCAACUCUCUGAGAUUGUCAAUGGCUAUGUCUCUCUUUAGCUUACCAUUACAUUGCCCAAAUUUUAAUUGAACCCAAGUGCUGUCUCUUAUGUGAAUGUUUAGAAAGCUACUCCGGGAGGAUCAAUUGGAGCCUGUUACCAAAGCAGCACAGCAAGAAGAGUUGGAAAGAAGGAAGCGCCUGGAGCAGCAGAGGAAAGAUUAUGCAGCCCCUAUUCCUACUGUCCCGCUGGAGUUCCUCCCUGAGGAAAUUGCUUUACGAGCAAGUGAUGGUCACCAACUGCCUCCUCGGGUCUUGGCCCAGGAAGUCAUUUGUUUGGACAGUAGCAGCGGCAGUGAGGAUGAAAAAAGCAGUCGAGAUGAGGUGAUUGAACUGAGCUCUGGAGAGGAGGACACUCUGCACAUUGUAGACAGCAGUGAGUCUGUUAGUGAAGAGGAUGAGGAAGAAGAGAAGGGUGGCACCCACGUCAAUGAUGUCUUAAACCAGCGUGACACCCUUGGGCGGGUCCUUGUCAACUUAAACCACCCUCCAGAGGAGGAAAAUGUCUUCCUUGCCCCACAGUUGGCACGGGCUGUGAAACCUCAUCAGGUACAGCAAACCUUGAUUCUUUUCUCUUCUUCCUUUCUGUUUCCUUGCUGUGAACAUUACCUGUUGGUGGUUAUUAGUGUCAUAGCCCAUGAAAUACUUGUUUGGUACCAAGAGCAGCUUGUUCAGCUAUUGGAAAGACCUCAUAGUUCCUUCUAGCAGUUGAUGCUCUGGGAUACCUGAUGAAUAGGAAGGGAUGGGGAAAGGGAAGAAACAAGCCUUAGGUUUGCCCUACCCCAUAGAAAGCACUGGGUCUCUUGACCUAAUAAUUUGAGUCUCUUUCUGUGGGAUUCCAUGACUGAGGUGCUCUCUGGAAAGCAGCAGUUUGAUUAGGAAGGUCUGGAUCUAGAAGAGAUGUGAGAGUCAGAAGAUGGAGGGACUUUCUGAUAGGAGGGAACAGGGUAGUUUGUGUUGAUCCAGAGCCUGGAGCCAGGAUAAGUGAGUAAAAGUUCCAUGAAGACAGACAUUGACUC